GGAGCGAGUGGUAGAUAGGAGAGCACAAGUGUGUGGUGUCAGUUUCUCAUCAACAAACUGCAACCUGCUCCGCCACCGCUCUCCGUCCUCCACCUGACAGUUGAUGUACCAAGAAUUGUGCAUUAUCCUGAGAUACCAAUAUACUUGGGUGAACAACACCUGGAAAGCUCUAUCGUCUACUUUGUUGUGCACAUUGUGAAGGUUUAUUCAACCUAGAAACAUUUAAUCCAAUGUCUUGGUCUAUACAUGCUGCAGUGCAGAAGCAGAGAAUUUUACCUCACCAAACCCUUUUUAGUUUCGCUAAACUUCAGAACAUGAAAACAGAAUUUAAGAAUCCUUCAACUUUUCUUUCUUCUCCUCUAGAUAGAAGUUCCAUGAGAUCAUGGCAUUUGAAGGAUAAAACUCCAUAUGAUAAUAGAAGUACAGUUUCACAGUAUCAGCCAAUCCAAUGUAUGGCUAAUGGAGAUCUAGAAGAGUUGUCUGAUGAAGAUGAGGAACUGUGCCCUGUUGAAUGUGUCAGAGAAAUCAAGAAGGAUGAAGAAUUACUUGCAGUUCUAGAAAAAGCAAAACAAGCCAAGACCUUGGUUGUGGUCGAUUUCUAUCGCACAUCAUGUGGUAGUUGCAAAUACAUAGAACAGGGAUUUGCAAAAUUGUGCAAGGGGUCGGGCAACGAAGAUGCUGCAGUUAUCUUCUUAAAGCAUAAUGUGAUUGAUGAAUAUGAUGAGCAAUCAGAUAUAGCAGAACGACUUCGAAUUAAGACGGUGCCUCUUUUUCACUUCUAUAAAGACGGGAUCCUAUUGGAAGCUUUUCCGACCCGAGACAAGGAGCGGAUCAAAGCCGCUAUAGAGAAAUACACGGCAGCUGCUCCUGCUACUGCUCAAAAUGCGUAAGCCAUUCUGGUAAUAAUUGCUCAGCAAAUCAUAGUUAGAUAUAUACCUGGCAUGGUCCUAUAUAUAAUUCAAAUCCAUGCUGCAUUGUAACAACAUAGCAAAUUGUUUUUUGUUUGUGCUUAAAAUUAAGAUACUAUUCUUUUGGUCAAUUAAUAAUAAAUUAAUUUUGUGGGUCCCAAA